UACGGAUACUGGAAUUGGAAAAGGGAUGGCGGCAGCGGAGGCUGUGCACCACAUCCACCUGCAGAACUUCUCGCGGUCCCUGCUGGAGACCCUCAAUGGGCAGAGGCUGGGUGGGCACUUCUGCGAUGUGACUGUGCGCAUCCGCGAGGCUUCGCUGCGUGCACACCGCUGCGUGCUGGCCGCCGGCUCGCCCUUCUUCCAGGACAAGCUGCUGCUCGGCCACUCUGAGAUCCGCGUGCCGCCCGUGGUGCCCGCGCAGACGGUGCGCCAGCUCGUCGAGUUCCUCUACAGCGGCUCGCUCGUGGUGGCGCAAGGCGAAGCUCUGCAGGUGCUCACCGCCGCGUCGGUGCUUCGCAUCCAGACGGUUAUCGACGAGUGCACACCUGCGCGCGCCCCGGGUGCCGAGCCGCCUGCCUAUGAGUGCAGCCACUGCCGCAAGACGUUCAGCUCGCGGAAAAACUACACCAAGCACAUGUUCAUCCACUCGGGGCCAUGGGUUCAGAUCCNGCGGCAGCCCGCACGUCUGCAGCUACCUGCGCCCCCCGCGCCCGCCAAGGCGGAGGGGCCUGACACCGAUCCCGCACUGCCUGCGGCCACCGACGACAGGGGUGAGGACGACGAUGACGAUGAGGACAGCGAUGAUGAGACCGACGGCGAGGACGGCGAAGGUGGCGGCCCGGGUGAGGGCCAGGCACCCCUCUCCUUCCCCGACUGCACCGCCGGCUUUAUGACUGCCGCCCCUGACAGCGUGCGCGAGGACCCCCCUGCACCCACCAGCCUAGCUGACUACAGCGGUGCCGGGAGGGACUUCCUUCAGGGGGCUGCAGCGGCAGAGGACGUGUUCCCAGACAGCUACGUGUCCGCCUGGCACGACGAGGACGGCGCCGCCGCAGAAGGCUGUGCCGCUGAGACCCCUGUCCCGCCCGACUGCGUCCUAGCGGGACCCCGCCCGCCAGGCGUGAAGACCCCAGGGCCGCCUGUCACGCUCUUCCCUUUUCACCUGGGCGCUCCCGGGCCGCCCGCACCUCCCCCUCCCGCGCCGUCGCGGGUCAUUAGGGGUUGGCGGCAUGGGGAGAAGCCACACCAGUGCGCCGUGUGCUGGCGAUCCUUCUCGCUGCGCGACUACCUGCUCAAGCAUAUGGUCACGCACACGGGCGUGCGCGCCUUCCAGUGCGCGGUCUGCGCCAAGCGCUUCACGCAGAAGAGUUCACUCAACGUGCACAUGCGCACACACCGGCCUGAGCGCGCGCCCUGCCCCGCCUGCGGCAAGGUCUUCUCGCACCGCGCGCUGCUGGAGCGUCACCUGGCCGCGCACCCUACACCCUAACGGGGGCCUGGGGCCUGGCCACACCCGCAAUGGGAUCGAGGGGGUUCCCGCGCAGUUGGCAACACCCACUGCGGAGCUGGACACGUUCCUGCUGAGUCGGGUCACAGCAGCUGCAGCACCUUAACUAGGUUUCCUCCACCAGUCCACGCUUUCUCCUGAGUGCAGGCCCUCCCUCUACCCAUUUCUCCAGACCAGACCCUGGCCCGGUCCGCCUUACUUCACUCCUUCACGUACUUGGACCCUCCAGGGUCUGGGGCUAGUCAGGGGCACGAUCACCUCUGAGAACUGAACCAUUAACUCUUCUGCUCAGACCCUUGGAUCUGGGCCCAGGAUUUCGUGUCUCCCCCCGCUUCCUCCCGGAGUAGGGCCUGGAGUCGCUGCCCUGCUCCGGUGUCCUGGGCAAGGCUACUGGCUCCCCAUCCCGAGCUAUCCCUCUCUCAUCGGGUGCCUAAGGAGGCUCAGGUGGACCCAUCAUGGAAUGGGGCCUGGCCAUGGGACUCCUGCUCUGUAAUAAAGGAUGGUGGACCACAGGGCCUUAAUAUCGUGAAGCCAUGAG